CCUGGUUUAUACUGCGGCAGUUUGUUUAUUAAAUUUAUUUGAAAUUUGAAUAAAAACGUAAUUAUGACGGACCCGCUGAGUGUACUUCGCCAAUAUAACAUAAACAAAAAGGAAAUUAUCGAAAGAGAUAACCAAAUAAUAUUUGGAGAAGUUUCCUGGCCCAAAAAUGUUAAAACCAAUUACAAAAUUAAGUUAGGGAAAGGACAAGGAGGCAGUGUCAAGGAAUACUAUACAUUGGAGUGUGUUCUAUAUUUCAUAAAAAAUAUAAACCUCGUACAUCCAGUUUAUGUCCGACAAGCUGCUGAUGCUAAUAUCCCUGCUGUACGACGUCCUGAUCGAAAAGACCUGCUGGCUUAUUUGAAUGGGGAAACUGCCACUUGUGCAUCUAUAGAUAAAAGUGCACCGAGAGAGAUCCCUACCCAGGUUAAACGCAGACAUGAACAGGAUGAGGGUGAAUCCGAUGCCAAGAAGCCAUGCAUUGAGGAAACACAUGUGAAGAAAGAGCAGGAACUGCCCACAGCUUCCCUUGAUGCCCCAAAGGAAGCAUCUGUCAAACAUGAACAGGAUGAGGGUGAAUCCGAUGCCAAGAAGCCAUGCAUUGAGGAAACACAUGUGAAGAAAGAGCAGGAACUGCCCACAGCUUCCCUUGAUGCCCCAAAGGAAGCAUCUGUCAAGUCCCUCUCUGAGGCUAUGUCAGUGGAGGAGAUUGCGGCCAUCAAAGCUGAGCCAACUCAGAAGGACCAAAAUCAAUAGCAAUGACUACCUACUCUGACACACUUUGGAGUGAUUGGGUCAGACCUAAGAGACAUCUUGGAUGAUUCUUGAGCCACUUUGGCAUAUUAUCACUACUUUAAGAGUUAAUUUUGUUAUUUUCCAUAAAUAAAAAUCACAAGCCCAA